AUGCUACAUUACGCCCUGUUUAAUGGCCAAAACCCCACUAAUUACAUUUUGUUUAAGAAAAGAAGUUUACGUGAAGGACCGGAUGUUACAAAUGUUUAUUCUGUGAAAGCCUCACAGGAAUCGGUUGUUUCUUCCUUUCAUCGACGAGUGAACUCUCGUAUCCCCCAACUCGCUCCCACUGCCGUCGGCGUGCCAGACUCCUUCCGCACCUCCGAUGAAAGAGAACAAAAGCAAACGACGUUGCAACCAUCAUUUCUGUCUCCUCUAUUUCUCAUUCCCACUGGUUUCGCAGGAAUCAAUCGAUCCCACAAAUGGAUUGGGGGCUUUCAGGGGGAUUUUAUCAUCCUUCCCCCACUGACCUCGUUGGAAGAAAUGAAAGCCUUUUUGCGAUUUGUCUUUCUCACUUGUAGAUGUGAUUCUCUGUUGAGUGACAUAUUAAAAAGAAGGGAAAUUAAGCAUAAUGCAUGUUAA